UUUAGACUAAUGGAACAGAAUGUAGAAUCAUAGCCUACAGGUAUCGAUUCCUGCUCCUUUAUGUAGUCUAUACAUUUUGAUUCACCACACGCAAGAAUGCUAAAGCGGUGUGUUAUGAAUAUUGUAGCGAUACCGAGUCGAAAAAAAAAUUAUCGGUGACCUGUGGAUAUACGAUUGUACGCAGUGUUGAAUAUAGAUCUAGUUAAUUGUUACAGAUAAAUUGGAUACUUUGAUUAUUAACAAUUAAAAACUGAACUCUAGAAGACAUCUAGAUAUCUAUCAGCUAUCUAGAUUAAGAUCUACAUCUGAUUGAAGUCGAUGCCAUGUGAAGCAGGCGUGUCCAUUGAGUAUGUGACCUGCUGGACGAUUGAGUUAUGGCCGCGCGAGGAUGAGUGUCCUGGAUGCCAUGUAUCUCGUGCCCUUCUCCUGGAUCCUGCUCUUCUGCUUGACCAGCUCCACCCCCCACUACACACGGGACUCGGACACCUCACAGUUCGGGAUAUGGAAGAUGGAUUUUUCAGAAACCAUGACCUAUCUUGUGUUUAUAGUGGCCAGUGCAGCAUUGCUUAUUUAUUCUGUCAUGAUUUUUUUUAUUACUGUUUCUCUUAUAACAAGUAAGUUGUACCUGCACAAACCAACUGGGGCAGCAGAACUGGGAGAUGAUGUCCCAGGUGUCUCAAUCAUCAAGCCAUUGAUGGGGGUUGAUCCCCUCUUAGAGUAUAAUUUAGAGUCACACUUCAAAUUAACAUACCCCAAGUUUGAGUUGCUGUUUUGUUUCCAUGACGACCAAGAUGCAGCCAUACCAGUGGUUCUCAAGUUACAUGAAAGAUACCCAGAAGUUAUUAUUAGAAUCUUUAUUGGGGGCGCUAAAGAUGUUAUAAACCCAAUGGUACAAAAUAUGGCUCCUGCCUAUGAUGCUGCCCAGUUUGAAUUUAUUUGGAUUAGUUCCAGCAGGAUUGAAGCUUCAAAUGAAAUCAUAUUUGACAUGGCCAGCAAGCUCCAGAAAUCAAAUGUGGCUUUGGUUCAUCAAAUACCUUUUACAACAGAUAGCCCAGGCUUUGUCUCUUCUGUUGAGAAGAUUUAUUUUGGCUCAGCAAUGACCAGAUUUUACAUAUCAUUUAACAUAUUAGGGCUGUGCUGUGUCACGGGCAUGUCAUAUAUUUUCAAAAAAUCCUUGCUGGACCAAGCUAAUGGCUUAGCUUAUUAUGGUCGCUACCUUGCAGAGGAUUUUUUUUUAACACGAGCACUUCAUGAAAAAGGCCAAAUGGUAAUGUCUGCGAUUCCUGCAAGGCAGAAUGUUGGGCAAACAACAGUGGAUGGUUUUGUUGGUAGAAUGGUUAGGUGGGUGAGGCUGCGUCUGAAUAUGAUGACGCUAGUGACAGGUAUAUUAGAGCCACUCGCUGAUUGCUUCCCACUUGGUGUCUGGGCCGGCUGGGCAUUUCAUCAUUUUUUUAGCAUCAACCCUUAUUAUUUCUUCAUUCUUCAUGUUCUUUCUUGGUUGAUUUUGGAUUACUUGCAACUCAAGUCUGUUCAGAAUGGUCCACUUGUGUUUUCCAAAGCUCAGUAUGUGAUAGCGUGGAUAGUGCGGGAGCUUUCUGCCACGUAUGUGUUUCUUUUGGCGGUCACCAACCCCCACACCAUCAAGUGGGGGAACAGAACUUAUUACGUAAGGCUCGGGGGACUCACUGAACUGGUCAAAGAAAACAAACUUUCUUCCUUACGGCUAGAGACACAUUCUCUUAAACCUAGACAUAAUGCUUGAUAUGUUGGACAAAAAACUCCCUGCUUGGUGACUAAAACAUCCUGUUGACCCUGAAUUCUUGAUAUUUUAAGUGACAGGAACAGAUGAAGAGAUUACAUUUUAUUCCUUGUAUAAAUAGUUUCUGUAAAUUGUAGAAGAUGACUUGUUCUUGUAUGGCACUGUUCUGGUGGCGGUGACGAGUUUUAAUCGUCCGCUUGCUAAAAGUAAUAAUACACCUACUGGGUAACGAGGUGUCAAGAGUAAAACUGCUGUUUUUCAAAUUUUUUACAACUUUUUAUAAAGUAAAUUAUUAAUUAAAAACAUGGACACUUAAAUUUCUCUGACUAUUGGAGGAUUGUUUAUAGUGGUGUACAUUAAACCUGAAAGCUGGGAGAGGAUCUUUUUUAAGGAGUUAAAUAUAAUUGUGUUAGUAAAUGAACAUGUUUGUUUGUUUUCAUUCAUGAAGAGCUCAAUGAAAAUAGAUGCACAGUGUAAAUUUUAAUCAGAUGUACAUAAAACAAAUAAGAGCAAAAAAUCAUUGAAGAAUAUUAUGAAUGGCCAAAUGAAAAACAAAUUCCACUUCAUAACAUGUCAAUUGAAUGUUCCUUAUAAAUGUAAGACCAUGUAAAUGAAAUGUGUAAUAAUCAGUGUAAUUAGUUGAAUGAGUACAUUAUACUUCCUUAAUUUAAUAUGUUGUUUUAUUAUCAAACAAUCUAAUGCCCUUUACUAGAUAUUUUUUUAAUUUAAUAGUAUGAACCUCAUUGAUGUCCAUUAGUUAAAAAAAUUGCAAUAAUUGAUAACAACUUGACAACUAUUUAAAGACCAUGUUGGGAGAAAAAUAUAAGAUUUUACGUUGAUUUAACAAUUUUGAUCGGGAUAAGUAUUAGAAUUAUUAGAAUGAUUCUUAAGAUAAUGGAUUAACUAAGUGAUCCAGAGAGAAUACAAAUUCUGGCUUUGAAAGAACUUGAUUAAGCUGCGCCUCUAUCCCUAAGCUUAUAUCUUUUUCCUAGCUUAUAUCUUCUAUAAAUGUGGGUAAAAGAUCAUAAUAUGAUUAAUACUCAACUAACUAAAAUGUCUCUAGUCCUCGAAAAAACCCAAUACUGUGUAACAAUUUAGGUUUGAAUGUUGGCUCAUGGUUUACGCUGUUACUUGAGAUCUAACUGUAAUAAAAAUAAGGCAGCCAAAUAGUUUGUUUCAAAGUUUUGGUGUGUGUUGCAUUGUGUGGUUAUAAGUUCUGUAUUUAAAAGAAAACAUGUUUUAUUAAUGUUAAAUAUUUCAGGACUUUAGAUAGUGCUAUGUUCUGUUACUACAAAAAUGUUAUUUGUAAUGAUAGGAUGGUGGCGCCUAUUAUAUUGUGAUGGUUCAGAAAUUAUAGGAUGGUGGAGUCUGUUAUACUGAGAUUGUUCAGAAGUUAGUGGUGUGUCAUAUUGUGAUUAUUCAGAAGUUGGUGUUAUACUGAGAUUGUUCAGAAGUUACACAAUAGUAAAAACAUUCAGGGUAGAUUUUUUCUAACUGAAUUUACUUAACUCAUUUUAUUGUUUUUAAAAGUUGUAUGUAAAUAUCAUAUGUGAAUUUUAAAAUUUUUGCUAACAAAUUUUGUUUAAAUGUAUUUUUGUUUAAAUGUAUUUUAACUAAUGGUGAUACUCAAUUUGUAAUCUGCUCACUAAGAGAAUGAAAUAGCAUAAAUUGUACAUGGUAGUGUUAAGUGGUGGUGGGGUUCUGGGGAAAAUGUGAACAACUUGCAUGAUACAAAAAAAUAUUUAACUUAUUGCCAGAUAAAAUUUUUGUAAACUAAAAUUAGGAGGAUUUGAUCUUUUUGCUGUAAAGUGAAACAUGUUACUCAAGGGCAUUAACUUUUAGUGCAACUCAAAUACUGUUAACUUAUUUUGGGUAACUAACUGUAAACUAGUUAUUUGAUAUUACAAUCUGUUCUGCUGGAAAUAGCUUUUGGUGUCUGUUAAAAUGUUAAAAUUAUUUUUUGGCUGAUAUAUUUACUUACUACCAUUUUAUUGAAGUAUUUUUCAUUUUGACAUCUGGUGGU